UCAUCUUUCAGCUGUCCACUACUCGCGCGCGUGCCUCUCGGGUGGACUUUAUUGCGCGCGUGAAGUUCGUUCCCACAGCCUUCCGGACAAGGCGCGCGCUCAAUUCUCUUCACUUGCUCGAGAUCAGUAGCUCGCGGCUUUUCUCCGUGCGCUGCGCGAGACACCGGACACCGCUGACACCCACCUUGGGACACCAGGGAUCCCCGGGAUAACGACGUAGUUUGUGUCAGUGGCGAUGGUGAUUGACAGAUGAUCUGACAGAGGAAGACAUCAGACGCCAUCUCCGUGCUGGUUAUUAUGGGGUGUGCCUGUUGCAAGCAGAAGAAGUCCAACAAAGAAGCAGCAGCAACAUCAGCAGCAGGAGACGGUACAGACCUGUCUCCUAGCAACGCAGAUGGAGGGUUGUCCACGGCCUUGACUCAGGGACGUUACUGUCCCGACCCCACGCAGACCAUCCCAGAUUUCAACAAGGGCUUCCCAUCCAGCGGCAUCUUCCCUAACACCAACACACACCAGCGGCCCGGAGGCAUCAUAAGUGGCGGAGUUACCCUCUUUAUAGCUCUAUAUGACUAUGAAGCUCGCACUGAAGAUGACCUCACUUUUCAGAAAGGAGAGAAAUUCCAGAUCAUCAACAACACAGAGGGUGACUGGUGGGAGGCUCGCUCCUUGGACACAGGCCACUCGGGUUACAUCCCCUCCAACUAUGUAGCUCCUGUCGACUCCAUACAGGCUGAAGAGUGGUAUUUUGGGAAGAUGGGGAGGAAGGAUGCGGAGAGACAGUUGCUUGGCCAUGGCAACCAGAGGGGGACUUUCCUCAUACGAGAGAGCGAGACCACCAAGGGUGCUUACUCUCUGUCUAUUCGUGACUGGGACGACAACAAGGGAGACCACGUCAAACAUUAUAAGAUCCGUAAACUAGACAAUGGUGGCUACUACAUCACCACAAGAUCACAAUUUGACACAGUGCAGCAGCUGGUAGAGCACUACACAGAGAGAGCGGCGGGACUGUGCUGCCGUUUGAUUGGCAGCUGUAAGCGGGGCAUGCCUAAGCUGGCUGACUUAUCGGUGAAGACCAAGGAUAUGUGGGAGAUUCCCCGCGAAUCCCUCCAGCUGAUUAAGAAACUGGGCAACGGCCAGUUUGGAGAAGUCUGGAUGGGCACUAAUGAUGGGCUGUGCUAUUUCCUGACCAAGCCCUGUAUAAACAGCACGCCACUCACCAUGGGCCUCGGGCGGGACGCCUGGGAGGUGCUCAGGGAAACACUGUCCAUGCAAAGGAAGCUGGGACAGGGCUGCUUCGGGGACGUUUGGAUGGGCAUGUGGAACGGUACCACCAAGGUAGCGGUGAAGACUCUGAAGCCAGGAACCAUGUCCCCCGAGGCCUUCCUGGAGGAGGCUCAGAUCAUGAAGAGACUCCGCCACGACAAGCUGGUGCAGCUCUACGCCGUUGUGUCUGAAGAGCCCAUCUACAUCAUCACCGAGUUCAUGAGCCAAGGAAGUUUGUUGGACUUCUUAAAAGAUGGAGAGGGGCAGAGUCUUAAGCUGCCUCAACUUGUGGACAUGGCUGCACAGAUUGCAGCUGGAAUGGCGUACAUCGAGAGAAUGAACUACAUCCAUCGUGACCUGCGAGCAGCAAACAUCCUUGUUGGAGACAAUCUGGUGUGCAAGAUCGCUGACUUUGGCCUGGCUAGGCUCAUCGAGGACAACGAGUACACAGCCCGACAAGGGGCGAAGUUCCCCAUCAAGUGGACGGCUCCAGAAGCUGCAUUGUAUGGACGCUUUACCAUCAAGUCAGAUGUCUGGAGCUUUGGCAUCCUACUAACUGAACUCAUCACUAAGGGACGGGUGCCCUACCCAGGCAUGAACAACCGUGAGGUGUUGGAGCAGGUGGAGAGGGGCUACAGGAUGCCCUGCGCCCCGGGCUGCCCCGCCUCGCUCCAUGAACUGAUGGUGCAGUGCUGGAGGCGUGAGGCCGAUGAGAGGCACACUUUUGAGUACCUGCAGUCCUUCCUGGAGGAUUACUUCACUGCCACGGAGCCGCAGUACCAGCCCGGAGACAACCUGUGACCACACAUGCGUAUCGGACACAUGUGGAGCAAUGAAUGGACAAAUAGAAAUAAUGACAGAUACACUGAUAGGCAUGACAUAAUACAUGUUUAUCAUUGUGUUUAUUCCACACACACACAAACACACACACAUAUUAAGAUACAUAUCGUUGCCUUGUUUCAUUGUUUAAAGACAGUUUCCUCCUUUUGGUUAUCGAUCACUGCAGCCCAUUCAGAACAACCAUGUUGGAGAGCCGAGUCGGAGCUCUGCUGAUCAGGCCUUGCAGUAAUGUUGCUUUACUCUGUAACCAUGACAACAAGGAACUGAAAGAAGAUGUAGAUGGUUGUGUCGAGGUGGGGGGAAGUCUAGUUGGUACAUGAUUUGUUCAACUGCCAUAUAUGUUCAGGUCCCUCUGAAUUCUGUUUCCGAGAAAGAGCGAUUCAGCGCUCCAGCUGUUUGCCUGAGAUAAAUAUGUGGAUGCAGAAAGGAUGGAAGGUGCAACAGGUUUCAGACAUGAACCCUGUGAACCCUUGUGGUAAAUUAUGAACACAGGCACUGAUGACUAAUCUUACAGACGUAUAUAAAAGGCUGUUGAACGGAUCCAUGUCCAACACCCGAAAUGGGGAACUGAUUUCAACCUUGCACCAACUUGUGCCUUAAUGUGGUCAAAUUAAGGGCUGUUUUAGAUUUAAAAUACCUUUUUAAUAUGAGUAAAGUCUAAGAGGAGAGAUGGUAAGGAAUGCUCUUUGUUUGUCUGAUAAUUUGUAUGACAAUUUUGUAUGAACUGUCUCUUUUGCUGUUUUAAUUUAAGGCAGAUAUAUCUGUGCAUCACAAAGACUUCUAUAUCUAUCUAACAUGUAUACAGUUUUCAUGCAUUGGGAGGGGAAACGUUACACAUGAAGGAGAAAGAACAAUGUCAGAUUGAGAGGAUAAUGUUUUAAGCCUGUUUUUUGGGACAAGAUUGUAACCUUUAUGUUAUUUUAUGAGAUUCCCCUGUCAUUUUAUUGUAAUAAAGAUCAAAUAUCUUUUUCGGGUUGACCCAUGUCUCUUAUU